AUGAAGAGUGGAAUUGGUCGGGAGUUCGUUAUCCCUUCGUUGGCACACAGGUUCAUAGCAGAGAUGGUGGACUUUUUUAUCCUGUUCUUUAUAAAGGCAACCAUCAUUUUAAGUAUUAUGCACCUCAGUGGAAUAAAGGACAUCUCUAAAUUUGCCAUGCAUUACAUCAUAGAAGAAAUAGAUGAAGACACGUCCAUGGAAGAUUUGCAGAAGAUGAUGAUAGUAGCUCUUAUCUACAGGUUAUUAGUCUGCGUCUAUGAGAUCAUCUGUAUCUGGGGAGCUGGUGGGGCAACCCCAGGGAAGUUCUUGCUCGGCCUGCGAGUCGUGACGUGCGACACGUCCGUGCUCGUUGCGCCCAGCCGCGUGUUGGUCAUCCCAUCCUCCAACGUCAGCAUGACAACGUCCACAAUACGAGCCUUGAUCAAGAAUUUUUCUAUUGCUUCAUUUUUUCCUGCAUUCAUUACACUGCUGUUUUUCCAGCACAACAGAACAGCCUAUGAUAUUGUAGCAGGGACUAUUGUGGUAAGAAGGAAUGGAGUCAGAUGAUACCAAAAGAUGAGAUUUCCAGACUGGUUUUGAACAUCCCCUCCCACCCCCGGUGAACAAAGACCUACCCUGAAACUGAAAUUGAGGUGUCUGUCAGAAUCUUUUGCCCAAAUGAACUAGGAACUGAUUCAGAAGCUAAAGAAAAUGUUUUGCUCUGGUAUGAUGCCAGCAGCUACCUUCAAAGUAUUGGGAGUUUUCACAAAUGCCAAAGAAGUCUGGGAGAAACAAUAUCCGUCGCUUCUGGAAGUAUUAACCACUGACUGAGGUGAAAGGAAGUGGCUGUUUUAACUGCAGAAAGGAGCUGUUCUGUCCAUCACCCUGU